GAGCACCAUGCACAUCUUCAGGCCCUCCAACGGGCUGCUCGCCUACAUCUUCCUGUGGGUCAAUGUCUUGCUCGGGAGUCCGAUUGGGAAUAUCUCAUGGUGCUGGGUUCUAGAUUUGCUCGGGUCCCUGCUCUGGAUGCCAGGUCUAUUAGCCUACCUCAGCCUGGUGCUUUUCUUGGAUGUUAUCGACAGUGGUGCGGCCUGA